GUGGAGGGAGCGGUGCAGGUCUCCGGGAUCCGCCCAAUGAGCGGCAGCCCGCUCCCCUCCCCUCCUCCCCUGUCCCGCCCCUCCUCCUCUCCCGGUCCCCCUCCGGCACACACAGUGUGAUGUGAUCUGUGUCCGGGAUGUGUGCUCCGUCUAACCGUCUCUGUGUUCUCUCUUCCCCCGAUCUCCGCCCCGGACUCUCCGCCUCCUGAAAACUUUCUCCGCCAGGAAGAGAAGGAAGCGAGCCGUGCCGUACCAGCCUGCUCCCGCUCCGCAGCCCCACCGCCCGGCAUCGCGACCUGAAUGGACGGGUAUGGGGAGAAGGGCCGCACUCUCCUACCCCGGGGCUGAUCGCCGCGGUACGCCGGGACCCCUCCACCUCCUCCCGCUACUGAUACUGGCCCUCUGGGGGCGCACAGGCUACUGUCAUCAGCAGACGCAGUGUCGUAUUCAGAAGUGCACAACCGACUUUGUGUCAUUAACGACACACCUAAACACAGGGAGCGACGGCUUUGAAUCUGAAUUCUGUAAGGCCUUGCGGGCCUAUGCUGGCUGUACGCAUAGAACUUCAAAAGCAUGCCGUGGAAACCUAGUUUACCAUUCUGCUGUGUUGGGUAUCAGCGAUCUGAUGAGCCAGAGGAAUUGCUCCAAGGAUGGCCCCACUUCUUCAACCAAUCCAGAAUUUCCCAACGACCUUUGUAACUUUCAUAAUAGGGUGGCAGCGCGAGAACUAAGAGCGGGGGAGCAGACGCCGCAGCCCAAUUACCUCUUUUGUGGCUUGUUUGGGGACCCUCAUCUAAGGACUUUUAAAGACCAUUUUCAGACUUGUAAAGUGGAGGGAGCAUGGCCACUGAUAGACAACAAUUACUUGUCUGUUCAAGUGACGAAUGUGCCCGUGGUCACUGGAUCCAGUGCUACUGCUACAAACAAGAUUACUAUAAUAUUUAAAUCCUUUCCCGAUUGCACCGACCAGAAAGUUUACCAGGCUGUGACUGAUGACCUGCCGGCAGCUUUUGUUGACGGCACAAUUAGUGGAGGAGAUGGAGACUCUAAAACCUUGCGGAUUACAGAAAAAGUCAGUGGAAAGCAUGUGGAAAUACAUGCCAGGUACAUCGGAACAACUGUCAUUGUACGACAACAUGGAAACUACCUAACUUUGGCAAUUCGCAUGCCGGAAGAAUUGGCAAUGGCUUACGAGGAGAGCCAAGACUUGCAGCUGUGUAUGAAUGGCUGCCCAUCUAGUGAACGCAUUGAUGAAGGUGGGCACCUGCGUUUUCCGGAGACCGUUAAUACUCCACCCAGCCCAUCGCCUAGUCAGGCUCGAUCGGCAUACACACUGGAAAGUGCAAUUGCCAAAUGUCUUGAAAAGUUCCAGGUCCGACACAUCUACUUCCAUUCUUGUGUCUUUGACCUGUUGACAACGGGUGACGCAAACUUCACUGCUGCAGCUUACAGUGCUUGGGAGGACGUGGAAAGUCUACACCCCAGGAAGGAGCUAUGGCAAAUUUUCCCAAACAGUGGAAAUGGGAGCAAGACACAAGCUUUGCCCGCCGUCGUUCUUGGGAUUGUGUGCUUGGUCCUUGUCGCUUUUUUGUAGGAGGGUUUCUUGUGUAAAAACGAAAAAAUGUAAAAUAUAUAUUGUUAUAAUAUAUUGAUCAAGGAUAACAGCGUAUAUGUAUAUACCGUGUAUAUGAAGGGAUGUUCGUCUUGGGAUGCCCAUGAGAUUGUAAAUAUUGUCAUUGUUUAUACUUAA